CCAGCUACUUACUACUAUAAUUAAAAUUGAAUUUAUUGCUCUGCUCUUGAAAAAUGGAUUUCCCAGUUCUUGUUAAACGAGAAACUAUGGAGGAGUCAGUACUCCUCAACAGCCUUCCACCAUUUGUUUGUCUAUUUGUUUAUGUAGGCAACCAUUGAAUAUACUCCUCAACAGCCUUCCAUCAUUCAUCGUUCCAUGUUUACUUCCAAAACUCCCCAUUUUUUCAAAGUCAUUCUUCAGGAAACUAUAACUCAUGGGAGACUUGGGAUUCCUAGAAAUUUUGUGAGAAAAUAUGGAAACCAGCUCUCAAGCCCUGUUAAGCUUGAGGUCCCCAAUGGUGCAAUAUGGCAGGUGGAACUCACAAAGAGUACUGAUGAAAAGCUGCACUUGCAAAAUGGCUGGCGAGAAUUCGCAGAGCAUUACUUGCUUGAAUUUGGGUCUUUUGUGGUCUUCAGAUACGAAGGGAAUGAUCGUUUCCAUGUCCUAAUUUUUGAUAAAAGUGCUUCGGAGAUCGAUUAUCCCUAUACUAGCACUGAAGAUGAUGAUGGGGAUGGGGAUGAUCAUAUAUCGGUUGGAGUAAUUGCAGCUCGUCCAAGCGUGAAAACAGAGGUUUUAAGCUGCCCACAAAAGUUGACAGACACUGAAAAGGCUCAGGCGGUUCAGAUAGCCAGUGCUUUCAAAAGUACUGAACAUCCAGUUUUCAUGGUGCUCAUGCGACCAUCAUCUGUUUGUUAUAAAUAUCGAAUGGUCAUACCAUUAGACUUUGCUCUGAAAUUUUUGCCAAAGCAUAACUGUAAUCUGACUUUAUGCAAUUCUGCUGGGAAAACUUGGCCUGUGACGUUCUAUAGGAAUACACAAAGUAAAAAACUUAGUGCACAACUCUAUGGUGGAUGGCAGACAUUUGUGAAAGAUAAUCGUAUUAACGUUGGUGACAUAUGUGUCUUUGAGUUAAUUAGGCAACCUGAAAUCUUAAUGAAAGUGCAGAUCUACCCGGCUGCCAAAAAUGCAAGCAAUGCCUGCAGAUCACAGGCUGAUAAUAGCAUUGCCAGUCAACUUAGAACCGGGAGCUUGGUCAGUGUUACUGAACCUGAUUGUCAACAAACUCGAUGCCCCUACAGCUCCAGUGAACUUAAAGACUCAAAGCUCAAAACACAAAAGAACAUCGAUUUCCAAAAUUCAACAAAAGAACUUAAGGGUGAAUUCAGAUGUUUAGCAAAAAAUGAUAAUGGAGGGGUUUCAGGUGAUUGGGGAUGUCUGAAACCUGACCUUGUGAGCAAGAUGCAACCAUUGACUCCAACUGAGAAACAAAGAGCUACUGAUAUUGCAAGUUGGUCUUCCUUAAGAUUAGUGAGUGGGAAAAGUAAAGAGAAAUCACAUUUGCCAUGUUCUCUGCCUCAGAAGAAAAUGAGAAUCAAUUCUCCUAAUCAACAUGGACAAAAUUCAAAGUUAGAGGUUUUAUCUUCAGGCAUUAGCUCUGAUGCUCAGAGAAGUGUGACAACUGAGGCUUUAAGUUGUGUGCAACGGCUGACAGCCAUUGAAAAGACGCAUGCUGUUCAGAUAGCUAGUGCUUUUAAAAGUACUGAAAACCCAGUUUUUAUGGUAGUCAUGCGACCAUCAUACGUUCUUGGUAAAUGCAGAAUGUUUAUACCAUCGAACUUCACAAGGAAAUUUUUGACAAUGUACAAGUGUAAUCUGACCUUGUGCAAUUCCACUGGGAAAACUUGGCAUGCCAAGUUCUUUAGAUAUCCAGAAAAUAAAAAACCAAAUGCACACCUCUACGGUGGGUGGUGUGAAUUUGUGGAAGAUAAUCAUCUUAAUGUUGGUGACAUUUGUGUUUUUGAGCUAAUUAAGCAUCCUGAAAUCUUAAUGAAAGUGCAAAUCUAUCCGGUUGUCAAAAAUGCAAGCAAGGCCUGCGGGCCACAAGCUCUCGGGAGCAUAGUCAGUCGAGUUAAAACUAGGAGCUUGGUCAGUGAUGCUAAACGUAGUUGUCAACAAAGUGCACGUCCCCCCAGCUCCAGAGAAUUUAUAGACCUAACAGACUCGUACAUUGAGAGCUUGGAUGACUCUCCACUAGACCAGAAAACGAAGAAGAAAAUGACAUCUCCAAGUUUUCAGCCUUGUAAGUUGAUGAGAACCAAUCCAAGUGAAAGCAAUCAAGCUAAGGGGAUUAAGCUGGAGAAAGAAAAGAAGAGCUUGAAUUUCCAAUAUUUAACAAAAGAAGUUGGUGGUGAACUCAAAUAUUCUGUAAGGAAUGAUAGGGAAAGGAGGUCAAGUGCACGGAGAUGUCCGAAACCUGAUCCUGUAUACGGGAAACAAAGAGCUUGCGUAGGAGCUAGUGCUUUCAGAACUUCAAAUCCCUCUUUCAGUGUUGUGAUACAUCCGUCAUACAUUGGUUCUUCUAGUUCUCUGCAUAUACCGGUGGAAUUUGUCAAGAGAUAUUUGAAGAAAAGCGGAGAAAUGGUGCUGAGAGUUGUAGAUGGGAGGAUUUGGAUAGUUGAGUACAGAAGAAAAGCAAGUAAUAAAGGUGGAAAAGCAAAGUUUGGGAGUAGGAGUUGGGGACAGUUUGCGAAAGACAAUCAACUGGAGAAGGCCAAUAACGGUUCCAUGUUUGCACCAAAGACACCCCAUUUCUUCAAGAUUAUUUUGGAGGCCACUAUUCGAGAUAAGAAGCUUGGGAUUCCUAGAAAGUUUGUGAAGAAGUAUGGAAAGGGGUUAUCAAGUUCAGUAUUAUUAACGGUUCCAAGUGGUGAUACAUGGCAUGCCCAGCUGACAAAAUCUGAUGGUGUUGUUUGGUUUCAAAAUGGAUGGCAAGCAUUUGCAGAAUAUUACUCUCUCCAGUAUGGGCAUUUCUUGGUUUUCAGAUAUGAAGGGAAUGGCAAGUUUCUGGUGCUCAUAUUUGAUAUGAGUGCAUCGGAGAUUGAAUAUCCAUGCAAGAGCCAUAUUGAAGAUCAUAAUAGUGAUGAUCAAGUGUGUCUAAAACUUGUCAAGAAAGAAGCUAAAGAUGAUACUUGUGAUGGAACCUUGUAUGAGACUCCUCCAUGCAAGGAGACUAGGAAGAAGAAGAAGAAGAAGAAGAGAUCACGACCACCAUGUUCUAAACCUCGGAAGAAACUCAAAAUCACUCAAAAAGACAAAAAUGAAAAAGAUUGGGAAGAUGAAUCAACUAGAGAAGAAGACAUGCAAACCAAGGUUCCUAGGGAUGAGCACGCAUUUGGAGUCACCGAAUAUGAUAAAGCUCUUCAAAGAGCCAGUUCCUUCAGAUCAGAGAAUCCAUUUUUUCUGGUUAUAAUGCAGCCUUCAUACAUUAACCCUGGUCGAAAAAUGUGCAUACCAAAGGAGUUUACUAUGAAGUUUCUAAAAGAAAAUCUUGGUGAUUUAACCCUUUGCACUUCGGAAGGGAAAACUUGGUCUACUCAGUACUGGCGCUAUAUAAGCAGAAACAAGUACACAAAAGCAAUCAUCCAUAUUGGUUGGAGGCAAUUCAUGCUGGCCAACAAUUUGGAAGCUGGUGAUGUUUGUGUCUUUGAGCUGAUUUCGCAAACUGAAAGCAUGCUGAAAGUAAUUAUUUACCGUGUUCGUCAAGAUACAAGCUGUAGUUCUCCAUUGGGUGGAAUAAACUCUUCGGAAAAUGGUGGUAACAUAAACUCAUCAACACUGGGAAGCACAGAGUCUAAUCAUGAUUGCUUGAUGCGACCAAUGACGCCUGUUGAGAAAGCAAGAGCUAUUCUGAAAGCUAGUAAUUUCAAAUCUAAAAACCCUUUUUUCAAGGUUGUAAUGCAACCCAGAUACUUGAUCUUAAGAUGUAGCCUGGGUAUACCAUACAAAUUUGUUAAGAGAUAUCUUGACGAAGAGAAGGAGGAAGCCAUCCUUCAAGUUUCGGAUGGGCGAACUUGGGUUGUCAAGUUUGCUGUUAAAGUAUUCACUGGUGGACAACAUAAAGCUGAAUUCUCAACCUGGAGGGCUUUUGCACGGGACAAUAACUUGGAAGUUGGUGAUGUAUGCGUCUUUGAGCUGAUUAACCGCCAUGAAAAUUCAUUCAAGGUCUCCAUUUUUUCAGCAGCACCAGGAGCUAAUUCUUCUCUGUCAUCACAAGCUGAUGAUGCUGAAGCCAGUCAAGUUGCAUCCAAGAAUUGCUUGGUACCUAGAAUUGAAGCUGAUGAUGAUUUUGGCAAUUGUUAUGCUGGAAAUUCUGGCCCUGCUGCCCAACUCACUACUAUAGAAUAUCAAGAAAAUGAAGAGGAAGUCAAUCUUACUGAUGAUGCUAUAGCCAGUCAAGUUGCAUCUAAAGAUUGGCUGGUUCCAAAAAUUGAAGCUGAUGAUGAUUUUGGCAAAUGUCAUGUUGGAAAUUCUAGCCCCGCUGCCCAAUUCCCUGCCAUAGGAUAUCAAGAAACUGAAGAGGAAGUCCAACCUACUAUAUCUACAAGGCCAAGAGGCCCACAACGGCUGCAAGCUCGCGAAAAAGCUAAAGCUCUUCAACGAGCCAGUGGUUUCAAGUCUCAGAACCCAUUUUUCACUGUUGCUAUGCAGCCAUCUUAUGUUAGUAAUGGGUAUAGAUUGGCUAUACCAUUGGACUUUUCCAGGAAAUACUUGAGGAAUGGGAGUGGUAAUGCAAUCCUGUCCACGGUGGGAGAUGGGAGGACAUGGUUGACCAAGUAUCAUCGUGAAGCAAAGGGAACAAACCCCAGAGCAAAGUUGAUUGAUGGGUGGAAGACUUUUGCAAAAGAUAAUAACUUGGAAAUUGGUGAUGUUUGCGUCUUUGAGAUGAUCAAUUCAGAGGGCUAUCAAUUGUCUUUGAAUGUAGCUAUUUACAAGCCUCAAGAGGAUCAAACAUAG